AUGGCAAAGCUGGCGUCCCUGCUGAUCCUCGCGGUCCUCGUGGCCGCGGCGUGCUUCGCCCAGCUGGGCUCGGCGGCGCGCGGCAUCCCGGCCGGGAAGCCCGUGGCUGCAGCGGCGGCCGACGCGGUGAAGCGGCCGGAGACGUUCCAGGAGGGGACGGUGCUGAUCCCUGGGAUCGGCCGGUACGAGCUGGGCACCCACUACAGGCCGGACCUCGGCGGGCUGGACCACAGCAUCCCGGCCGCCGCCAACGGGCAGUUCCUCCCCGGCGCCGACGACACCUGGGUGCCCAACCCCGGCUUCGAGGUGCCCAACCCCUUCCGCCCCGGCUCCGAGUCUCCAUGA